GCAUGCGCGGACAAGGCAACACAUUUCAGCGCUAAUGUAAGCCCCUAACAAAACAAUUAGCUAAUGUAAUCGAGUUUGCUCACUAACAAUAUUUGGCCUGCUUAACUGGAAAUAGUACACGUCGACAAGGGACCGUGAACCUGCCAUGGUAUGCUGAGGUGGGGAGUCUGGGGACCUAUGCACUAUGGCAGAGUCACUUGCCAUCCAGGACCAUUCAACAGAAGCAGAACUAUGCACUAAGUAUGAAAUAAAAGACAUUGAGUCCUUUGAGACUGAUGGAGCCAACCAGAGAUUGAAAGUCGACCACUUGCUUUUCACCAUUGAGAGACAUCAAAAAUGUUACUUCUGGUUUUGUGAAGAGUGCAAAGAGUAUUUUAUUGAUGAAUGCCCCACACAUGGCCCUCCAGUUUUUGUGCCUGACACCCCUGUGCCAGUGGGCGUCCCAAACCGUGCCGCCCUUACUACCCCUAAUGGCAUUGAGGUCAUUCAGGAAGGCAGCGAGGUGGACGUAUGCUGCGUAGACAAAGACAUUCCCAGGGGGGCAUUAUUCGGUCCUUACCAGGGUGAAGUGAUGUCACAGGACAAGUCCUCUGGUUUCUUCUCCGGGAUGUUGGUGGACAAAAACAACUCAUACAAAUCCAUUGAUGUUAGCGACGAAACCAAAGCCAACUGGAUGAGGUAUGUCCGAAAUUCUUCAGAGGACAUUGAGCGAAACCUGACAGCCUUCCAGCAUGGCGAGCACAUCUACUUCCAGGUGUGCCGUGACCUGUCAGUGGGAGAGAGGCUGCGGGUAUGGUACAGUGAUGACUACAUGGACCGAUUACACCGCAUGUCCCAGGACACCAUCGGCAGCAACUUGGCCACAGUUGAAAAGGACUCACGAGUGUGGUCAAGCCCCUGGAAUGUUACAGCCCGGGACCGGGAGGCCACCCAGACCCUCAUCGAGCACUACGGGUCCCCAGAAAUCCAGAGCCUACUGAACGACCGGACAACCAGAACCAAGCAGAUCUUUGAGAUCAUUGCCAGUCGGAUGGAGGCACAGGGCUUCCUGAUCAGUGAGAACUCCUGGCAGGCUGGCAAGCGAUGCUUCCAAAAGUGGCGCAACAUGGAGCGCACGUACAAAGACUAUGUGCUGGCGUCCAAGAGGACUGACGCUGGACGCAGGAAACAGCCCGAGUUCUAUGACCAGUUCCAUGCACUCAUGGGCCAGAGGCUGAGCUCCAAGCUGGCUGCUGCUGACACCCCAGCCAGGGCGUUUGCCAAGCUGAAGCCUAAAGCUGUAGCACCAACUCCAAGCCUGCCCCUCUACGCUAUUGUAGUCCCAUCAGGCCAUCCAGUCAACCUCGGUAUACCCUCCACCUGCAGCCCAGAGGCAGAGAUUGGAGUCCAUGCAGGCACCACUGAGCCUGAACCGCUAGCCAGGAAGUCCAGGAGCGAACGGGUCCCACAUCCCAAGAUACUCCAGUCAAAUGCAGAGGAGGAGAGGGCAGAGAAUCAACUCCAAAAGGGGAGGAGGAGGUCAUGGCUUGGGGAUGACAGAGCUGCUGAGAACGGUGGGUCCCUGCCUGUGUGGUCGGAGCGGAAAAUGAUCAGUCAGGACAUUGAGGCAACGGAGGCUUUAGUAGAGCUGUACAGCUCUCCAGAGAUCCAGGGACUAAUCAGGGAGAACAAGACCCGAACCAAGAGGAUCUUUGAGAUCAUAGCUAGCAGGCUAAAGGAGCAAGGCUUCCCCAUCAGUGAUGUGCCUGAGCAGGCGGGGGAGCGAUGCUUCCAGAAAUGGCGGAACCUAUCGAGGGCGUACAAGGAGUACAUCCUCCACCCAGAGAAGGCUGACAUGGCAAAGCGGAAGCUUCCUGCCUACUUCAACAGGCUCCAGGACCUCAUAGGCCACCGGCUCAGCCUUCAACUAUCUGAAGACUCCCCCGAGCCUGAUGGCAGCAUGGGAGAUGCUGAGGCAGAUGCAGGGGUUGAGGACAUAAGCCAGAAUCUGUUACACAUUGUGGAGGUGCCGGCGAGCCCCACUGACAUUGUCAGUCCCCCCUCCACUUCUGCCCCCUUCUCCUCUUCACAUACAGGAAACCCUCUCCAUGUUGGAGCCAGUGGGCGGAAGAGAAGGAGGAUGGCAAACAUAUUGGAUGUCUUUCAGGGUUACAGGGAGGAGGACAAACGAUUGCAAGAGGAGAGGGAAAGGAGGGAAGAAGAGCGCUUUAAUCAGCUGCGAAGCCUUCUGCAGCAACAGCACACAGAGACUAUGGCAGUGAUGAGAGAACUGAUCAAUUCCAUGAAGAUGAAAAAACAAUGAGAUAUACUGUGAAUACAGUUGAAGUCCGAAGUUUACGUACACCUUAGCCAAAUACAUUUAAACUCAGUUUUUCACAAUCCCUGACAUUUAAUCCUAGUAAAAAUUCCCUGGCUUAG